AAAAAAGAAAUAAAGGGCGUAAAAAGUUGUAGGAAACAGAAAGCAGAAACAGAGAGAAGGCAAUCUAAAAAAAAAAAGACAUGGCGUGUGUUGGGUGUUGGUGUGCUCCUGGUCCUCCGACGUCAGCGAGACGUCCCAAUUCCAUGAGCCACCCGUCAGUUUUAUGCAACACUUUAAGACUAGAAACUACUUCAUCCAGAUUCAGACUCAGCACGCUUCUUCGCAGCAACAACAGCCAGCAUAAGAAACAAUCAUGUUUUGGCAAUAGUAAUAUUCAACAACAACAAGAGGAAGAAUGCGGAGGAGCUCGAAGAAGACAAAUUUUGAUUGGGACGACCACAUUGUUUGCUGCUGCAUCUUGUUUUCCGGCAAUUGUUUGGGAUGCGUCGGCAGCGUCGGUGGACAACAACAAUAGCAACAACAAUACUAUUUCAGAUGCGGUGCCUGAGGGUUUCCGUCUCUACACUGAUGAUGUGAACAAGUUCAAGAUAUUGAUUCCCAAAGACUGGAAAGUAGGGACUGGAGAGCCAAAUGGAUUUAAAUCCGUAACCGCUUUCUACCCAGGAGAGGCUUCUAGCUCUAAUGUUAGCGUUGUCAUCACUGGGAUAGGCCCUGAUUUUACAAAGAUGGAAUCUUUUGGCAAAGUUGAAGAGUUUGCCGAGACUCUGGUAAGCGGAUUAGAUAGGAGCUGGCAAAGACCCCCAGGAGUCACUGCGAAACUUCAAGAUUCCAAAGCCAAAAAUGGAUUUUAUUACAUCACGUACUCGCUGCAAAAUCCUGGUGAAAGUCGUAGAUAUCUGCUGUCGGCACUUGGGAUGUCCUCCAACGGCUAUUACAACAAAUUAUAUACAGUCACCGGACAGUUCGUAGAGGAAGAAUCAGAGAAAUACAGUACCCAAAUUGAGAAGGCAGUCACAUCCUUUAGGUUCCUUUGAGAAUAGAACCAAAGCCACAAACAGAAGAAAGAACAUAUUAUAUAUAUAUAUAUAUAUAUGGAUUUUCAGUUCCUACCAGUUUAGUUAUUUUUCUGUUUUUCCUAAAUAAUAGUUAUAAUUGUCAUGGUAAAUAUUUUAUUCAUUUCAAUCAAUAACACCCGGCCAACUGUAAUAUGCAUUUUUCC